AUGACCGUCAAUCUCGAGGACGUCAGCGAUGUACUACUACCGCGCCGAUAUCAAGAAGAAAUCUUCGCGCGAGCUCAACGCAGCAAUGUGAUAGCUGCUCUAGACACGGGAAGCGGGAAGACAUACAUAAGCACACUGCUGAUCAAGUGGAUCUCGACAAAAGAUGCGGGAUUGGGCAAGAUUAUAGUGUUCUUGGUGCCAAAGGUUGCCCUGGUGGACCAACAAGGGGACUUCAUCGCGAAACAGACCCCUUUACGCGUAAGGAAGUAUUGUGGCGCCACGGCAAUUGACUUAGCAGAUCGGACGACCUGGAAGGCUGAGUUGGAGGGCGCAGACGUAUUCGUUAUGACAGCCCAGAUAUUCCUCAAUUUGCUCACACAUUCUCUAUGGAGCCUGGACCGGGUUUCGCUAAUGGUGUUUGACGAAUGUCAUCACACACGCAAGAAUCAUGCGUACAAUGGUAUCAUGCGCGAGUACUUCCAGGGAUCAUCGGAUAGGCGUCCGAAAAUCUUUGGCAUGACAGCAUCUCCCAUUUGGAAUCCAAAGGAUGCUGUAGAGUCCUUGGCAACAUUGGAGAGGAAUCUCGAUGCGAAGGUCAUCGCAGUACGGCAGCAUGUUGACGAGCUGAUGGACCAUUCGCCGAGACCCCAAGAGCUAUUGCACCAAUAUCCUGCACCGCUCGAAUCAUAUCCUGCAUAUCACAGCAAGACCUUGUGGGAUCGCCUGGAUCUGCAACGUAUACCCCCCGAGAUUGACAUACCCGUGGACAAGAUUCGGACGAGAUACGAAGUGACCUAUGCGAGUCUGGGCCCGUACGGCGCUGAACUGUACUUGUAUAACGAUAUCAAGCAACGCAUCAUACAGAUGCAGAACACGACGAGCGGCAUGGAUGAAUACCUUGCUCUUAAUCUCGCUGAGCUGAAUGGGGAUGAUGCCUUGACUGCCAUCUCUGCUGACAUUCCCCUACCGAAGGAGGUGGAGGAUCUGCGAGACGGUCUUGCGGAAUUCAAGUCCUUCUUCGAGGACGAGAACGGCUCAGAAGUGAUCCCUACCACUGUCCAUCUUAAAUGGUGCUCCCCGAAAGUGCGGGAGCUCAUCGAUAUUCUCUUUGCUCAUUACACGUCCAAUUUUCAAGGCAUCGUAUUCGUCGAACAGCGCCAUGUCGCAGCAUGUCUGUCAAAAAUACUGCCUCGAGUCCCACAAUUGAGCCAUCUCAUCAAAACCGGUCAGUUGAUUGGUCAUGGCACGACCAAUCUCGCAAAGAUGCAAACCAAGGGCAUGGCACUUCGGACGCAGCAAGAUAUUGUCAAGCUCUUCCGCGAACGUAAAAUCAAUCUCCUCAUCGCCACGUCUGUGGCUGAGGAAGGACUGGAUUUUCCGGCUUGCGACCUUGUCAUCCGCUUCGAUCCCUUGCAACAUAUGGUCGGGUACCUGCAGUCGCGCGGGCGUGCCCGGCACAGGAGCUCUAAAUUUAUCAUCAUGGUCCAGGAAGGACAUGAGAACCACCUGUCGCGUUACAAGAAUUUCUCCGAAAGCGAACCGCAUCUUCGCCUGGUGUACCAGACACGCGGUGACCGCGAUGACACCGACGAAGACGAGGAGGAACGAGACGAUCCCGCUGACCUAGCGGAGAGGGAGCGCUACGUCGUCCUGUCAACCGGGGCAGUUCUGACUUACAACAGCGCCGUCGGCCUGCUCAAUCAUCUCUGUUCUUUGAUCCCUCACGACAAGUACACGCCGACGCAUCUACCGAGAUACACGGGCGACUUCACGUCGACUCUUCAGCUCCCGUCCAGCCUGCCUCUGACGCCUGCCGACUUGUCGUUUAUGGGUCCGGAGAAGCGCUCCAAGAAGGAAGCGAAGCGUGCCGUUGCCUUCCUUGCUGUCAGGCGUUUACAUGAGCUUGGUGUUUUCGACGACUAUCUCCUUCCGGCACAAAGCAGCGGCGUCGCGGAUCAUGCAGACGCUGACGGCAGAGCGAUAGACGACGUGAGCAAAGUUCCCGAUAUGCUAGACGUGCAAGUACGGGAUCCGUGGACACGCGGCCCCACGCAGUGGAUGCACAUCGUCUAUCUCGACGGCCGACCAACCGCUGGCCUCGUCACUGGCACGUCGCUGCCCCCUGUUGAGCUGGCCUGCCGCGGAACCUAUGUAUCGACGGGCGAGGGUGUUAAGCUUGAUUUCGACGAGGUAGAGGAAUGGAAUCAACGAAGGGUAAUAGAGGACUUCACGAGGAUGGGGAUAUGGUGGUGCAUCACUGGAAGAGGGGUCACUCUCCCAUUGACGUGCUCCCUGGUCCCUAUCACUCAUGAUCUGCAGGUCGACUAUGUCCUCAUGGAGAAAGCGGUGCUCAAUCCAUACGGGGUAUAUGACUGGGAGGGCAUCGGCGAGGAGCAUUACUUCCGCCUCCUGCUCAUGUGCAAUAAGGAGCAGGGCAGGCCCCUUGUCCUUCGGAAAUUCCGCCCUGAUCUCUCUCCCAUGUCUGUUCCCCUGGAAGGCUCGCGUGAGACUGGGUUUCCCACUUACAGGGACUAUUGGAUUCACAGAUUCACCAGACGAGGUGUCAAGCCUGAAGUGUCGGAGGAAGGGAUCUGCGUCGAGGUGCAGGCCUUCAACAAAAACUCAUCGUGCAUCUACUCUCUGGAUAACAGUGCCGUUGAAGGGGAGCAGCCUGCGACUGCUUCCGAGAUUCUCAUGUACCCCCUCAGCAUGUGCCGUCGUGCUGAGUUCUCCGAAGGUGUUCGUGACGCAUUCCACGUCUUACCAGAACUCUGCCAUCGCAUCACGGACGUCUAUCGCGCACAUGCUGCCCGCGUGGAGCUUGGACUCCCGCCAAUUUUGGACGAUCUACUCAUCCAAGCUCUGACCAUACCUAGCGCGAAUGCGGGCUUCAAUAAUCAGCGCCUUGAGACUCUAGGCGACUCUGUGCUCAAGCUCACCACCGUCGUCCACCUUUUCAACAGAUUCCCAUUCCGACACGAAGGCCAACUCGAUACUCUCCGUCGUAAUUCGGUAUCCAAUCGUACUCUUCUGGCCCGUGCGAAAGAAGUCGGGCUAGAGGAGUACCUGUCGUGCGAGUCGCAGAGUAUGCGGGUCUGGCGCUAUACACUGGCCGCUGAAGAUGAUCCGUCAUGGAGUGUGGAACCACGUCGGAGGGCGCACAGGGUGUUCCCUCGCCGGAGUCUCCAAGAUUGCAUGGAGGCUACGCUAGGAGCUGCCUUCACUACCGGUGGCAUGGGUAUGGCGCUCCGUGCGGGAACGGCCCUCGGGCUGAGCUUGGGCGGGCCCUUGCCUUGGGAUAUUAGAUAUGGGGGUUGCAUACCAAAAUCCCCUGUGUCUGCACUGUUUACUCUCCUACAAGAAUCCCUUGGGUACCGCUUCAGGUCUGGCCGGCUCCUGCUUGAAGCAAUGACGCAUCCUUCUUUCAACUCCUUUGAGACAUCCUCCUACCAACGGCUAGAGUUCCUUGGUGACGCCGUCGUCGAUCUCGCAGUCAUGAGAUACCUUUACAACAAAUUCCCUCAGGCAACCUCGGGCCAGCUCUCCUGGGCUCGUUCGCGCGCGGUGUGCGCUCCGUCACUGGCGUCCGUCGCGGUGAAGCGCCUCGGGUUGCACAAACUUCUGCUCGUCAACAAUGUCGAGCUGAGCAUCGCCAUUAACAACUAUGUUCCUAUCCUGGAAGAACUUUCAAAUGAGGAGCUCAUUCACAACGCUUGGAAGCAAGACCCUCCGAAGGCCAUCAGCGAUGUCAUGGAGAGCGUCCUAGGUGCAGUACUCGUCGACUCCGACUACAACUGGGAAAUAGCAUGUAGCGUUUCAGAGAUGGUGAUGGGAGACUUGCUAGUCGUCUUAUCUCCCAAUCUUCCCCGCGACCCCAUAUCAGAGUUGAUGAUAUGGGUUUCAAGAUCUGGGUGCUCGAAGGCCAGCUUUAAAAAAUCUCAUAGCAACGCUGAAGCAAAGAAGAACGACAGCAUCUCAGUUAUCGUGCACGACAAGACCGUUGUUGGCCCUCUAUUCGCUCCCAAUCUCUCUCUCGCCAAGGGGCUCGCUUCAGAGCGAGCCCGCAGUAUCCUGGAGGAUCCGAAGUCUCCGUUCUACUUGAAGCGCAUAUGUAGUUGUGGGACGGUGGAUGAGACCACCGCGCAGUCCCAUGAGACGGAAGGCUUGGAUGAUGAGACAGAGGAGGGCUUCGCGAGACUGGCUCGUACAUUGAAGGAACUUGACGUCGGGGACGAAACAGAGAAGGCCAAAGUGCCCGCAAAGCAGGCGAAGAAGUCCAAGCAGACUAAGCAGACUAAGCAAAUUCCUGCCGACGACUUGAUGGAUCUAUGUGAAGAACGGGAGGUCGAGGACAUGAUGAUGAUUGAUGAUGAACCGAUCACCAACGAAUUGGAGCCGCAAUUUGAGCCACAUGAAAGCAAUAUGCGUGUCUCAGACCCAAUCAUCUCUAAAGAAGGUUCAGAAUAUAUCUCUUGUGCUUUAAAUAUUGUCAAAGAAUUGUCUUUCCUGCAGCAGCUCAAGAGCCUCUACCCGUCCGACCUCUUGACGACCCCUGACGCAGUCAUCGCUCAACCGUGGUAUCUCAUUGCUGCAGUGUCAUUCAGCGCGAGCCGCCACGCGGAGGCCGUGCCCGCGGUGUUCGAGUUCGCGCUGGCCGAGUUGAAGCUGGUACAGUUGGGGGAGACGAAAGAGCGUGCCCGCGAGCAGCAGUUGAGACUGGCAAGCAAGAUCCGGGAGGCAAUCUUGCAGUCUGGUCUGUUGAGUGGCAUCCCGAGGGUAAUUGAAAGUCUUAUCGCGCUGCACGGCGUUAUGCCCAAGGAGCUGGAAAGAGAGCAAAUUCUCCGGGACGCAUCUAAGUCCAUCGCGGACUAUGAGAGAAGCGGAGAACAGCUGUUCCGCUCAAUGUACCGGGAGACCGCAGAUACCGUGCAAGGGCUUUUGGACGCCGCCUACCCAGACCUGGGCUGGUUCUGCAAAAUGGUCGGAUACGGCGUCGUGUACGGCGGCACAGACGUGUUGACCCAAGUAGAAACGUCGUACGCGAUCGUAGCUGCACUCAUCGCCAUCGAUGCACCGCGGCAAAUCGUCUGGCAUUUGGCGAACGCACAGCACGGCGGAGCCACGAAGGAGGAAGCGAAAGCUGCCAGAGAGAUUGCAAUGAGGAUUGCAGAAAAGGCGGGUGUCAAAUGGAAAGACGGCGUACCAGAGGUCGCAUGA